UCAACACCUAACACUACUUCACAUAGCACUACUUCACAUAACACUACAUCUCUCUCUCUCUCUCUCUCCACAGUAAUCGCUUCCACAAAUGGCAUCAGCAAAUGCUUUGACCUUUAAAGUCACAAGGCAGAACCCAGAGCUGAUCCCUCCGGCGAAACCCACGCCCCACGAACUCAAACCCCUCUCCGAUAUCGACGAUCAAGAGGGCCUCCGCUUCCAAAUCCCCCUCAUCCAGUUCUACCGGAGAAACCCCGCAAUGAACCGAAAAGAUCCCGUCAUGGUUAUCCGCGACGCCCUGGCCAGGGCAUUGGUUUUCUACUACCCGUUUGCCGGGCGGUUGAGGGAGGCGGCCGGCAGGAAGCUGGUGGUGGAGUGCACGGGCGAGGGCGUUCUGUUUAUUGAGGCAGACGCGGACGUGACGCUGCAGCAGUUCGGCGACGCCUCCGGUGGAGUGGUGAACUGUCCUCUGUUGCUUAUUCAGGUCACGCGUUUAAGAUGUGGUGGGUUUAUCUUUGCUCUCCGCCUCAACCACACAAUGAGUGACGCUGAUGGGAUUGUUCAAUUUAUGGCCGCCGUCGGCGAGCUCGCACGGGGCGCUGAAAUGCCUUCCGUUCUACCAGUUUGGCAAAGAGACCUCCUAAACGCACGUGAUCCGCCUCACGUGUGCUGCACGCACCAUGAGUAUGAUGACGUACCGGACACCAAGGGAACCCUCAUACCACUAGACGACAUGGUCCACCGCUCCUUCUUCUUCGGCGUAGCCGAGAUCUCUUCCCUCCGACGACUCCUCCCAUCACACCUCCGCUCUUGCACCACCUUUGAACUUUUGGCAGCUUGUGUCUGGCGCUGCCGCACAAUCGCGAUCUCUCCAGACCCUAAUGAAGAGGUCAGAUUCCUAUGCAUCGUGAACUCUCGCAAGAGAUUUAAUCCGCCACUCCCCGCUGGAUACUACGGCAAUGCCUUUGCGUUUCCCGCAGCCAUUUCCACUGCCGAAAAGUUAUCCAAAAACCCCCUAGGUUAUGCGUUGGAGUUGGUGAGGAAGACGAAAGCCGACGUAACAGAGGAGUACAUGAAAUCAGUUGCGGAUCUGAUGGUGAUCAGAGGGCGCCCAUUUUUCACUGUGGUGCGAACUUAUCUGGUCUCUAAUGUGAUUCAUGCGGGCUUUGGAGAUGUGGACUUCGGGUGGGGCAAUGCGGCAUAUGGCGGGCCGGCGAAAGGCGGCAUCGAUCCAGUUCUCGGCGUUGUGAGUUUUUACGUAGCUUCUAAGAAUAACAAGGGUGAGAAUGGAAUCGUGGUUCCCAUCUGCUUAGCGGCGAACGCAAUGGAAGUAUUUGUAAAAGAGCUUGAGAAGAUGCUGAAGAGAGAUGAUGAUGAUCAGAGGGCUGUUCGGAAAGAUUCCAUUUUUAUGUCAUCGAAGCUAUGAAAUUGAUAACUACUAUAUAUCACUCUUUGUGUUGUCCUGUGCUUGACAGAGAUACAGCGUAUAUAGAUGUACAAGGGAUUCUUUGCAUGUUUUGUGAGAUGGGAGUGCUUGAGAGUAAUAAUGUUAAAAAA